AUGCCGAAACUAUUUAAGGAAAAGAAUUCAUCAGGGGCAGUGUUCAGACAAAGACGAGCAGAAAAAGAGAAAGCUGGGAAGCGGAUGUCUGAAGCUUUAAAGGAGUACUUGACUUCUCACAAAAGGAGAAAGCAAGAUACUACUGCAUCAGAACCAGUUUCCAAUGUUGCAAGCGAACCCGUACAAAUCGAUAUCGAUGAAUCUUCAACAUCAUCAUUUAAACAGCCCAUCUCAGUCGAAGAGGCUGUUAAUGUAGAUGAUGCAAAUACUGGAAAAAUACCAGAACAACAAGAUGAUGAGCAACCUUCCACAUCAUCACACUCUGUCUACCUUGAGAAGACUAUUGACCCAGAAGAAUCAAAUGACGAAGAAGAAGAAGAAAGAGAGGAACUGCAGCAGGAGGAACAAUCUACUUCUUUAGCAAUACUGGAUUAG